AGUGUUUCUAAUAUCUAAUCUGAAUCUCCCCUGCCUCAGUUUUAAGGCCAUUUCCUCUUAUCCUCUCCCUGCAGGCACGGCAGAAGAGACUGCCCCCACCUGGCUAUAACCUCCUUUCAGGUGCUUGUAGAGAGGGAUGAAGUCCCCCCGAGCCUCCUUUCUUGAGACUAAACAAACCCAGCUCCCUCAGCCGUUCCUCAUAAGACAUGUCUUCCAGACAUUUCAUGAGCCUUGUAGCUCUUUGCUGGACACUUUCCAGCACCUCAAUGUCCUUUUUGAAGUGAGGGGCCAGAACUGAACUCAGUACUCAAUGUGUGGCCUCACCAAUGCCUGUGCCAGUGCUAGUGUAUAAAGUGACACUGGAAGCAGGAUGAUUCUUUUGCAGCCAGUCUUGGCACUAACCAGUUGAGGAACUCCAGCUGAGACUUUUAAGGCACUUCCAGGCCAGCCUUCACACAGGCCAGUGCUGCCCUGUUGGCACUCUUUCUGUCAUGUUCUGUCACCUCCCUCCAGGUGCAACUGAGGGGCAGAAUGCAGCUCAGCUUUCAGGGAGAGACGGACUUCAUGCAAGCAGUUAUAGCCUUCAUGCUUUUCCCUUUUCCUAGUGGAGCUCAAUUCCAGCAGCACUGAACCUCAGUACAAGAAAGACAAGGAGCUACUGGAAAGGGUCCAGUGGAGGGCCACAGACAUAAUUAGGGGUCUGGAGCCUCUCUCUUAUGGGGAGAGACUGUAAAAAUUGGGCUUUUUUAGUCCAGAGAAGACCGAGAGGGGAUCUCAUCCAUACAUAUAAGUAUCUCAAAGGCAGGUGCCAAGAGGAUGGUGCCAGACUCCUUUUGGUGGUGCCCAGUGAGAGGAUGAGGAGCAAAGGCUAUACACUAAUACAUAAGAAGUUUCAUUUAAACAUGAGGAAGUACUUCUUUACGUUGAGGGUGGCAGAGCCCUGGAACAGGCUGCCCACAGAGGUCUUGGAGUCUCCCUCUCUGGAGACAUUAAAAUCCCACCUGGACAUGUUCUUGUGCAACCUGUUCUAGGUGACUUUGGCCUUGGCAAGGGGUUUGGACAAGAUAAUCUCUAGAGAUCUCUUCCAACCCUAACAAUUCAGUGAUUCUUGUGUGAUUCUGUGAUCCAGUCUAAUAGCCAAAUGCUGAGGCAAGACAAAUUCGGGACAAAUCGGUUUUGGCUAUGGAAAUCUGUAGCUUUUACAUCCUAUAAUCAGCUUCAUGUGUGUUACAGUUUGGCAGUUUAGGCCAGUGGAAAGACAGCCCAUCAGACACCUAGACAGUUCCCUGGCAACGACUGGACCGAAGAAAACCUGGAGCAGAAGCCACUUUUCUGUUGCUGUUGGGUUUGUUGGAGGCUGUGGUUACCUGCUUGGUGGUAUUUGCAGCAGUAGCUCUAUGCCAGCAGACGGUGACUUCCAGGAGCAUCUCUCGGCUUCUCUUAAGGAGAGAUGAAGAAAGGACCAGAAAGCGGAGCAUGUCCCCUUGCAGCUCUAGGAAAUUUAGUGGAGUCAAAUCCAGAUGAUAACAGCAGAAAUGGAGCCUCAGUGAAAGACAAAGAUGUGUUUUCCUCUCCUGGAGAACUGGAAAACAUACAGCUGAAACCUAGCAAAGAAACAUCCAGAAAAAAACUCUGUGGCUAUUUAAAUAAGCUUGGCAUCAAGGGGCCAAUCAAGACCUGGAAGUCUCGCUGGUUCUUUUACGAUGAAAACAAAUGUCACUUACUAUACUACAGAACUGCCCAGGACAUUAACCCUUUGGGGUCUAUCGAGCUCUCCAGCGCCAGCUUUGACUGCAAAAUGGAAAACGGGGAAGGGAUUUUUGAGAUCAGAACACCAAGCAGAGCUUUUACUUUGAAGGCAAUCAGCAAGCAGGCAAUGAUGUACUGGCUGCAGCAGCUGCAAAUGAGACGUUGGGAAUUUUGCAACACUAAGAGCAGAUUUCCUGUGGGCAGCUCCCAGCUUGUGAAUGAACCUCUAGCUGGCAGAACAAAUGCGGUUGACAAUGAUGACUUUCUGCCUUUGGUGAAAACACCAACAGAAGCAGUGGGUUUAAAGGCAGCAUCUUUGCCUGCACCCCAGACAUCUACUGCUUUGCAGAACAUCUCCCUUAAGCACCCUUGGACAGAGAUACAAAACACUGUCUACAAUAUCUGUGGCUCCAAACAGCUCUGGGGGAACAAUGAGAAUGUCUUCAGCUUCGAUGAAUUCCAAGAGCAUCCUUCGAACCUGGAUGAGGAACAAGAGGCAGAAGUGGAGGCAGGGUGUGCAGUUAAGGAAGGAACCCUGGAGGAUGGAAGGAUGGAGUCCAGGCUGAACUGGAUUAGGAAAGCCAGGUGGAUGAACAGUGGCUUCCCAGGCUCACAUGAAGAACUGUCCAGGGAGAGGAACCCAAUGGAUAAAGUGAGUGUUCUACAGCAACAGAUCCUGACGCUGACAGAGGAAGUCAAGUCACAGAAGGAGCUGGUUAAACUUCUCCACAAAGCUCUGGAGGCAGCCCAGCAGGAGAAGCGAGUAUCUAGCAUGUAUCUCACUGCAGCAGAAGAUAAAGACAGGCUGGAGCUGGUGCGCCACAAAGUGAGACAAAUAGCAGAUCUGACUAGUCGACUGGAAGCUCUUGAACAAGAAAAGAAGGAACUGGAGCAGAUACUGACUUUGAGAGACAGCCACAUCCAGGAACUCAAGGAACACGUUCAGCUUCUGAUGGAGAAGAACCACGCCAAACAGGAAGUCAUCAUGGCCUUGACGGAACAGAUGGCCCGAGAGCUCUCUGACCCCCUGCAAGAAGACAACACUGUCACUGCAGAGACGUUGUAUAAGCAGCAGGAGGAGAUUGAGCACCUAAAGGAUGAUAUAGAUGCAUACAAAACCCAGAAUCAGUUUCUCAAUUCGGAGAUCCACCAGGUUACUCGACUCUGGACAAGUGCUGCUGAGAAUGAAAAAGCUCUUCUGAUGAAGUGUGCCUGCCUGCAAGCAAGAAACUGCCAGAUGGAGAGCAAGUACUUGACAGUCUUGCGGAAGCUGCAGGAGGCUGUGCCUGGCCUGCCCAGCUCCCAUGCUGAGUUGGUGAAGAAUCUCAUCCAGGAAUCGCUCCAGUGGGAUGUGAAGGAAGAAGCAGAAGAAGGUUUUAACUUGAACCCUGUAAGUGAGUAUGAUGAGUAUGGGUUUAUGACUGUACCUGACUAUGAAAUUGAGGACUGGAAACUUCUGGCCAAAAUCCAAGCCCUGGAGAUAAAGUCCAACAAACUGCGGAGCCAGGAAAUUGUGGAGAAGCCCCUCCGUGACAGGUGGAACAGCAUUGGAGAGCUGAACCCCUCUGCAGAGUUGAAGAGCCUGAUCCGCAGUGGCAUUCCAGUGGAGCAUCGGCAGCGGGUGUGGAGGUGGAUUGUCAGCCGGCACUGCAGCCGCCUGCCUGACCACUACCAGCGGCUGCUGCAGCAGAGCAGGAGCACCGAGCACCCUGCCUGCCGCCAGAUCGAGCUCGACCUGCCCCGCACGCUCACCAACAACAAGCAUUUCUCCUCUCCCACUUCCCAGCUCAUUCCCAAGCUCCGGAGGGUAUUGUUGGCAUUCUCCUGGCACAAUCCUGCCAUUGGAUACUGCCAGGGACUGAACAGAUUGGCAGCUGUAGCUCUCCUGGUCCUGGAAGAUGAGGAAAGUGCUUUCUGGUGUCUAGUCCAUAUUGUGGAGAACCUAAUGCCAGCAGACUACUACAGUGACACACUGAUAACAUCACAGGUAGAUCAGAGAGUCUUCAAAGACUUCCUGUCCGAGAAGCUGCCUCGCCUCAUGGCUCAUUUUGAGCAGUAUCAGAUUGAUGUGUCACUCAUCACCUUCAACUGGUUUCUGGUGGCCUUUGUGGACAGCCUGGUCAGCGACAUCCUUCUGCAAGUGUGGGAUGCCUUCUUGUAUGAGGGAACUAAGGUCAUUUUCCGCUAUGCUCUUGCGAUUUUUAAAUACAACGAGGAGGAAAUCCUGAGAAUUCAUGACAGUGUGGAGAUCUACCAGUACCUACGGUUUUUCACGAGAAUGAUCGUGGAUGGCAGGAAGCUGAUGAACAUUGCCUUCAAUGACUUAAACCCCUUCCCCAUGAAACUGCUGAGGAACCGUCGGUCAAUGCACAGGGAAGAGCUGGAGGCAGAGCUGUGUGAACUGGAACAGAUCAAGGCAGCCUAUGUAAAAGAAAGAGCAGAGCAAGGGCCUCAGGACCCAAAGGAGGUUGCUAGUGAAGAGGAAGAAGAGAUUUAGCAAAAAUAGGGUUGGCCCUCCCUUCCCUCCUAUCUUGCAGAAGGUCAUCAGUAGUAAGAGAUAGACCAGAGGGGGAAGGGUGGUCACAGCAGGAGCUCAUCUGCCCCAGGAAGCAAGGCUGUAGUUCCUUGACCAUUUGGGGACAAAGUCAGACUUUGUAAUGGAUUGGAAGAUGUCGGAGGAGUUUUAAUCUCUUCUGCACUUCUCCCCAUUCAGCCCACCCUGUCCUGUACAGUUCAGGAUUACAGCUGAGGGUGCAUAGGAAGUAUCGGCUGUUGUACGAUGUGACAGGAAUUGACGUGGUGCAAAAGAUUCAACCAGGCAGGGCUUUUCUGCCGCGACCCGCUGGGGUAAAAGGAUAGGGUCACAGCACUGCAAAUAAGGGUUCUGAGACGGUGGAAGGUCUGGUGGAGCAAUGCCUCGUUUAUUAGGUGGGUAACAACUUAUAUAGGGUUGGAUAAGGGGUGGAACUUGGGCUAGGGAGGAGCAUGGGAUUGACAACCAGGGAAGUAUGGUGAUUGGGCAGCUGGGUCAGGAGAGGAGGGGUUUGGACAUCUCCGGGGGAAAGGACCAAUGGGAGCUACCCCUGCACUGCACCAAAACCUAGCCAAUGGCAGGCAGAGG